AUGCGGUACAGCCGUUAUGAGGACUUCACCACCAUAGACUGGAUACAUGAUUCGAUGUUGGACAGGAACCGACGACUGAGGCGCCGGAUGGAAAUUGAUGCGACACUCCGGGCUGCAAAUGGCCGGGUCACUUGGGGCUGGGUCUGGGCAACUAUGUGGAAAAUUACUUCAUUAGGGCAGAGCUGGUUCAUCAUAACUCUUGUCGGUGCUAUCAUUGGAGUUGACAGUGCUGCUAUGUCUAUUCUCACGGAGUGGCUUUCUGACUUGCGUCGCGGGUACUGCUCCGAAGGGUGGUGGCUCAAUCAGGAGUUUUGCUGCUGGGAGAUUGACGAAGUCGAUGUCCACGGUGCUUGCAAAGCAUGGAUCCCAUGGAGUGAAUAUACCUUUGGGAAUUGGAUUGUUUAUGUCCUACUGGCUUGCUUGUUCUCUUGGUUAUCUGCUCAUCUUGUGUAUAAUUUUGCACGUUACGCAGCGGGCUCAGGCAUCUCCGAGAUAAAAUGCAUCAUCACUGGAUUCAUUAUGAAGGGAUAUCUCGGAGGCUGGACACUCGUCAUCAAGAGUCUUACACUACCUCUAGUUAUCGCCUCAGGGUUAAACGUCGGGAAGGAGGGACCGUCAGUUCAUGUUGCAUGCUGCAUCGGUUUUGUUGUAGCCAGCAUGUUUCCCCAAUUUUCCCUCAGCCAAAGCAAAAUGCGAGAGAUUGUCACUGCGUCUAGUGCAGCGGGAGUCGCAGUAGCCUUUGGCUCUCCCAUCGGUGGCGUGCUCUUUUCUAUCGAGGAGAUGAGCCACACAUUCAAUAUAAAAACAAUGUGGCGCAGUUUUCUCUGUGCUCUCGUUGCCACUGCGACUCUCUCGGCCGUGAAUCCUUUCCGAACAGGCAAACUUGUACUUUUCCAGGUCUCGUACGAUCGAGACUGGCACUUCUUCGAAAUUGUUUUCUUUGUCAUAAUUGGAAUUUUUGGGGGUGUGUAUGGAGCCAUAGUGACUAAAUUUAACCUCCAAGUAGCAGCAUUCCGCAGGAAACACCUGCCUUCGUAUCCCAUCACUGAGGCUGUUACACUGGCAACCCUCACGGCGAUGUUCAGCUUUUUUAAUCGAUUCUUACGAAUUGACAUGACGGAGAGUAUGGCUAUCCUGUUCCGCGAGUGUGAAGGAGGAGGAGACUACGAAAACCUUUGCCAGACAUGGGCUCAAUGGCGUAUGGCGAAUUCGCUAUUCCUGGCAACAGUAUUUCGGAUAGGUUUUGUCAUUAUCUCCUACGGUUGCAAAGUCCCUGCUGGAAUAUUUGUUCCUUCAAUGGCUGUUGGCGCUACGUUUGGUCGAAUGGUCGGGAUUAUUGUUAAAGCUAUGUACAGGGCCUAUCCUACCGCGGGGUGGUUUGCCGUCUGUAAGCCCGAUGCACCAUGUAUAACUCCUGGAACAUAUGCCCUUCUCGGAGCCGCGGCUGCAUUAGGGGGCAUCAUGCGAAUGACUCUGACAGUUGUCGUAAUUAUGUAUGAGCUGACAGGGGCACUGAACUAUAUCCUCCCCACCAUGAUUGUCUUGCUGGCCACGAAAUUCGUCGGUGAUUACAUUGGCAUGGAGGGUAUUGCGGAAGAGAUGAUCAAGUUCAAUGGAUAUCCGUUCUUGCAUUCCGAUGUCCAUGGAUUAGACGUCCCAGUCUCCCGAGCUAUGCACGAGAAUCUUAUUACAAUCGAAGCAAGAAACGUGAAGCUUGAAGACUUAGAGCGCAAGCUUGAUUUGGCAAGUGUCCAGGGCUAUCCAGUCGUCAGCGUCGACGGUCGCAACACAUUGCUCGGAUACACCACCCGCUCAGACAUCCGGUAUCUCUUAGAGCGGAAAAGACGACGCGGUUGGCUUGAUCCGAACAGCCUCUGCACCUUCUGUAGCGAAUCGCAACUAUCAAUAACUCGAAGCUUCAAUGAUACUGGUUCACCUUCGCACGAUGGGGGUUGGAUGGGGCUGCCGAGACCGCUAAGAUCGCCAUUGACUUCGGCAGCUGAUGAGGAUGCUAUGCAGUUGACUCCCAUUACUGUUGCUCCUCGGACCUCACUGGAGACGGUCGUGCAAUUAUUCAAGAAAAUGGGUCCAAGCGUUAUAUUGGUGGAAGAGUAUGGUGUACUAAAGGGUCUGCUGACCGUUAAGGAUGUCAUGAGAUUUACUAUCGCCCUCGAGCAUGCCCAACGUGGCAUGCAAGAAAAUGAUGCUUUCUCCCUCGGCCUUGACAAUCCCGAGGUAUGGGACGAGUAUCGAGGAUCUCUACGGACAGUUUUGGAAGGAUCUUGGGUGUGGGCAACCCGGAAAACGGAACGUUUUGUUGCAUGGGUCAGGCUCGUACUGGGGAGGUAG